AUGCUGAUGACGGCACUGACUAAUGAAGAUGAAACCACAAUUCAGAUGGAAUACGCUCCGGAGACCAAAUGCAGAACUUGUGACGAAGGAGCGUCUUAUGAUAACGCUACCGCUGCAACCCAUACUGAAAUACUCGCUGAACGAAAUGCAACGGACAUGUGGAGAGAACCAAAGAUAAUUAUCAACGGCUCGCAAAUUUUCGUAACUGGGAUCCCCAACAUGAAACGAUUUUGGGAUCGCAACGUCAACACAAUAGAUUCAAUGUUUGGAGAAUACAACCAAUUCCAAUCAUUUGCUGAGUACCGUUCGAACGAUAGAGGACUAAGCGGGCAUUACCAAGCAUGGGUUCGAGGAGAAAAUGGCAUGGGCUGCAUCAGUGACAAAGAUAACAAGGGCGAACAACAUGAUGUGGACUUGGAAAAUUUUGUUGUCACAAUUUAA